AUGGCACCAGUCAACGUGGCCGCGGCCAAUACGCCCUAUUACACGCCGGCGCAAACCCCACCUGCCGGAACGGCCCUCUCCCCUAAUCCUCCCACGCUCUUCACGCCCAUCAAGAUCCGCGAUGUGACUUUCCAGAACCGCAUAUGGGUCGCGCCUAUGUGCACAUACUCAGCGAAGGACGGGUUCCUCACUGAUUUCCACUUCCAACACCUGAGCGCCUUCAGCUUCCGCGGCGCCUCCCUGACCAUCAUCGAAGCUACAUCUGUGCUCCCCAAUGGAGGCAUCACGCCCCAAGACAGCGGUCUCUGGAGCGACGCUCAAAUCGCGCCGAUCCGCCGCAUCGCAGAUUUCGUGCACUCCCAAGGCCAGAAGCUUGGCAUCCAGCUUGCCCACGCAGGGCGCAAGGCGAGCACGCUUGCGCCGUGGUUGGUCGGCAGGGGCGAAUCGGACCUUGCAACAGAGGACGUGGGCGGCUGGCCCGCGGACGUCAUGGGACCCAGCGCGAUUCCAUGGGGUAAGGGUUAUGCCACGCCGCGAGAGAUGACCGCUCAGGAUAUCAAGGAUCUGAUUAACGGCUUCCGCGACGCGGCGAAGAGAGCAGUAGAGGCGGGUGUCGAUGUCAUCGAGAUCCACGCUGCGCACGGAUAUUUGUUCUGCUCCUGGAUGAGCCCGAUCAGCAACAAGCGGACGGAUCAAUAUGGUGGCAGCUUUGAGAACCGUAUCAGGCUUCUGCUUGAGACCAUCAAGGCCGUCAGGGAAGUGAUCCCAAGUGGCAUGCCGUUGUUGGUCAGGGUUAGUUCCACCGAGUGGAUGGAGAACUCUGGAGAGCCCGAGAGCUGGGACGUCGAGUCUACCAUCCGCCUUGCGAAGCUCCUGCCCGCUCUCGGCGUCGAUUUGCUCGAUGUCAGUUCCGGCGGCAACCACGAGAAGCAGGUCAUCCCGCGCCAUAACGUUGAUUACCAGGUCGAUAUCGCCGCCCGCAUCCGCGCCGAGCUGCUCGAAGCCGGAAUCAAGGGUUUGUUGAUUGGUGCCGUGGGCUUGAUCACCGAGGCGGAAGCCGCCAAGAGUAUUGUCGAGAACGGCAAGGAGGGUCCAAGAGACCAGGUCGAGAUCGAGAACGAGAGGGGGGUGAAGACGAAGGCGGAUAUAGUGUUGGUUGCCAGACAGUUCUUACGAGAGCCGGAGUGGGUGUUCAGAGUUGCGUAUAAGCUGGGCGUCGAGGUGAAGUGGCCCAUCCAAUAUCACCGUGGUCAGUUCCGAAAGGAUGGUGAGUUGGUAACCGUUCCUUAG